CACACUGGGACGCACAAUCUGAGGCUACCUUGGUUUACUAAGUUUGGCAUUUCUACAAGAACAUUCUGGCAUGGAGCUACUGGUCCCCGUUUGUUGAUUAUCCAACCGACAACCUCAACGCUUUCUCGCUUUAAUCUAAAGACUUUUUUGUGAGAAGAUGACGGAGAGACCACAGAGCCCGACAGGAGCGGACUGCAGACCCUACGAGGUCAACAGGGCCAUGUAUUCUCAAGCCUCGGGCCUGGAUGGACUUGGCGGUGCGUCCUUGCAGUUCGCGCACAGCAUGCUUCAGGAUCCAAGCUUGCUUUUUAACAAAGCCCAUUUCAACGGAAUCAGCCCUGCGACACACCAAACCUUCUUCCCAUUUCCAGGCGAUUUUAAAACGAACGAUUUGCAAGGUAGUGAUUUUGCGCAGCCCAAACACUGGUACCCGUUUGCUGCACCCGAGUUCACCGGGCAGGUCGCGGGUGCGACCGCAGCCACCCAGCCGGCGAACAUCAGCCCGCCUAUUGCUGAAACCAGGGAACAAAUCAAGAUUCCAGCUGAGGUAAAAACCGAAAAAGAUGUUGAUGAAUACGCCAGUGAAGAAAACAAGCAGACGUCACAAUAUAAUCUCACUCCCGGGACGUCAUCCAUACCCACCGGGGUGAAUUAUUACACACCCUGGAACCCUUCGUUUUGGCCUGGACUGUCUCACAUCACGGCCCCCGCUAAUAUUUCUCAAGCUCCCCCGACUCCUUCCGCAUCAUCCCCAUCUCUGUCUCCAUCUCCACCUGGAAAUGGAUUCGGAAGCCCGGGGUUUUUCAACGGAGGCUCCGCGCAAAACAUCCCUUCGGGUCAGGCGCAAAGCGCAGCCAGGAGCAGCGGCUCCUCCAGUGGAGGGUGCAGUGAUUCUGAGGAAGAGGAGAAUCUGACUACAGAAGAUUUGGAACAGUUUGCUAAAGAGCUCAAACACAAGCGCAUCACUCUAGGCUUCACGCAGGCAGACGUGGGGCUCGCACUGGGAAACCUAUAUGGCAAAAUGUUCAGCCAGACGACAAUCUGCCGCUUUGAGGCUCUCCAGCUUAGUUUCAAGAACAUGUGCAAACUGAAACCGCUGCUCCAGAGAUGGUUGAAUGAGGCAGAGAAUUCCGAAAACCCUCAGGAUAUGUACAAAAUUGAACGGGUGUUUGUCGACACGAGAAAAAGAAAGCGGAGGACCAGUUUGGAAGGCACAGUCCGUUCUGCUCUAGAGUCGUACUUUGUGAAGUGCCCCAAACCCAACACUCUGGAGAUCACACACAUAUCUGAUGACCUAGGCCUGGAGAGAGAUGUAGUACGUGUGUGGUUUUGCAACCGUAGACAAAAGGGAAAACGUCUAGCGUUGCCCUUCGAUGACGAAUGCGGCGAAGCACAGUAUUACGAGCAGAGUCCACCACCUCCGCCCCACAUGGGUGGCACAGCCCUCCCAGGGCAAGGCUAUCCUGGACCAGCCCAUCCCGGAGGAGCCCCUGCCCUAUACAUGCCAUCCCUCCACCGACCGGAGGUGUUUAAAAAUGCCCUACACCCUGGACUGGUGGGUCACCUCACCAGCUAAACAGGUGCUUCCCAAAUUUUAAAUAGAGAUGCUCCAAGCCAAGCUAUGGAUCAAAUCAAUCAUAUGAUUUAUUUUUAUGU